AUGGACGACCGACGUGUUCCCGUAUCAGCUCCAACGUCAGCGCUUCAGCCUUGGCGAGAGCGUCUCAUUGCAGCCAACGUGUAUAUGCGCCAUGAUUAUGCUUGGAAACAAGGCGAAUUCCAACUGGCCGAAAACCGCCUCACGGGUGUUGGCUGUCGCCUCCUGUACCUCCACGCGUCAUGGAUUGAGACCUACAAGCACGCGCGACCCUCUGAUGACGUUAGAGACUUUCGGCGCAAGAUUUUCAUCGAGACUAAUGGCUUUCCCGAGUUUCAAGAGCGACUUUGCCGGGCAUGCGAUUUGAUGGGUUACGAGACAGUGGCUGAUCCACUGGACGCGGACUUGGUUUUUGUAUACGUAGCUCCUCCGGGACAGCAACGGGUUGAAGAGAGUCAGUAUAAGACUUUUCAGUAUGUCGUAGAGCACUCGAAGCCGUUGGAGCCGAAUGAGAAACCCAUGUUCUGCUUCUUAUUGGGUGACGCAGCCUUUCUCCCACUGCCUACGACCGAGGAAGAUGAGAAUGUACGAAGUCUCAGUGAUUUUGCCAUUUCUCAGGAGCUGGCUCCACUUGCCUGUGCAGCGGAGUACGGAUUGGUGGCGCACUUUUCCGUCGAGUUUGUACCAACGAGUGCGGAGAGCUUGAGUGACGAUUACAAGGAAAGAAAGACGUUGAAGCUGGAUUCGUUGAUGGGUAGAUUCGGAUGCGUGGGUCAGAACCUCAUGCAUUAUGCUGAGAAGUGGGAGUUUUAUGCUUCUGGAGACAGUGUGUUUUGCCAUGAAGAAGAUGAUCCGAAAGGGGUGACACAUCCGAGCGAGGAAGAUACUUUGUUCUGGUUUAGAGAGGCCAAAGGCAAGACUUGUGACCAAUGCCAUACACCCCGUGACAAGCUCUCGCGCUGUGCCAGAUGUCGUGACGCAGAGUACUGUUCACGAGAUUGUCAGCAGGCGGCAUGGAAUCUGCACAAACGACUGUGCGGCAAAACGCCCGAGCAGAUCAGCGCAAAAUAG